AUGGGAACAGGCUUGGGAACAUGCAGAGACUGCAAAACAGCAGGCGACGCCACCGGAAGCUGUUGUUAUGAUUCCGAGAGUGUGCUGCCUGCGGUAGAGCAGGUCGCAGCGGCAAAAUCAUGGCAACAGGAUCCCUUCUCCGGCGAUGAUGGGAAAGGGUUACAGCCGGUGCAUGAAGGUGGGCAGGAGCACGCAGAGAUGAAUUGGAGAGCCAAUGCCCAUUUUGGCCGGCUGACAUCAGCAGAUGCCUCAGAGGCAUCUGGCCAUCUGACGCUUGACGGCGAUCUGCUCCGAGGAAUACCUUUGAAGACGUCACUGCAUGGCUUCGGCGUACUCUGGCGGAGGUCACCGAUAGAGCUGCCAGACAACGCUGCUCGUGCAGCCUUGUGGAGGAGAUCUGCCAAGGUGGAAAGAUUGGACAUUUUCUUGAGUCACACGUGGCAUACCCCGGGAUCGCAAAAGGUUCGGGCACUGCUGGUACAGUCUGGCUGCUACUGCUUCGUCUUGGGCUGGUUCCUGGGUGCCGCAGUUUGCGUGAUUUUGGGAGUUUUUGCAGGUAGUGGGCUCCACCAGCGCGACUUGUCAGCAAGACUUGGCGGAUUAUUUGGAUCCAUCCUCGGACUCCUGGCGUCGCCCUACCUGCCACAAUUCUGCGGAAGCAAGAUGUGCUUUCUCGACGUGGUAUGCAUCAAUCAAGCGGACGCCGACUUGAUGCAACGUGGCAUCUACGGCUUGGGAGGCUUCUUGCGCGCCAGCUCAGAGUUGCGAAUUUUAUGGAGCCCGCCGUACCUCUCGAGGCUUUGGUGCGUCUUUGAGCUGGCCGCGUUCCGCAAGGCGAAUCCAUCCGGGCGUAUUGUGCUGAAACCGCUCUAUGUGGAGGUUGGCCUGCUUUAUGUGAUCCUUGUAAAUUAUAUGUUCACUCUGAUUGAGGAAGGGAGAGUUCGGGUUGCAGGGGACCCAGCCUGGGAUGACUGGUCGGUGAUUAUUGUGCGGGUCGGUACUACGCUUCCCUAUGCCCUGAUGAUACACGGCUUUCGCCGACUUUUGCACGAAAAGCACCGUCUCAUGGAGAAUAUCAGAUGCUUCGAACUAGCAAAGGUGAGUUGCCGCCUCGAAAGCGACAGGGAUUUCAUCUAUACUGGCAUUCGCGAGUGGUAUGGGAGCGAGGAGGCAUUCGAACAGUAUGUGCGAGGCCCCCUCUACGAUGAACUUAUCCGUCCAUUUCGGAGAUCAACCUUUCCAGCUGUGUAUUGGUUGAUGGCUAUGACGCCCGUGCUUGCAAGCUACGUGGAUCUAUGGCUGGUCAGGAACAGAGUGUCAGUCUUGUCAGGUCUUGAUCAUUUCCUGCAAUUUCUGGAGCUUUUUGUUGCAGACGCUGUGACACUCAUGAACCUCAUGGUCUUGACCUUCUUGCUCUGCUAUUGCUUUGCAGGCCCUGCCGCAGGAAUGUGCGAUUGCGGAAAGACUCUGCUGGUUUGGCUUCUGCUCAUCAUGGGUCUCUUUGCAGCCGUUCUACAAUCAGAUAUCAUGUCCACCUGGGAAGUGAUUGUUGGCAUUUCUGCUGCUCAAGUGGUCGCCGGCGUCUUUCUGAGGUGGGUGGUGCAAAGAUGGGGAUGA